AUGCCGUUUGAAUUUCUCGAUCAUACCUCCGAUGUCCAGAUCCAUUCAUGGGGCGUGUCAUUUACUGAGGCGUUGGAACAGCAGAUUCUUGGCAUGUACUCGUACAUGGCCGACGGGCUAACUAGUGUUGAUGGCACGUAUAGCAUGGAUUUUGAAGCUACGGGGGAAGACAGGGCCUCAUUGGUUCUUCGUAUUAUGUCUGAAUGUCUUUAUUAUUUCACAUCCGAACCAUUCUUUGUGGCCAAGUCUGUUCGUGUUAUAUAUCAAUCUGAUGAAAAAAUCCAAGUUAGAGCAGAAGGGGAGUCUUUCACGCUAGAUAAGCAUCAGCCCGGUACUGAAGUCAAAGCCAUCACUUACUCCAACUUGCAAAUACUUGAAUCGGAAUCGCGUGUUGAUAUUUUUGUUGUUGUUGAUAUCUAAUUUAAUUUCGAUAAAUUUUAAGGAAAUGAAUAUCAAUGUGGAGAAGAAAGUGAUGAAUCGGAAGCUGAGGCGACAGCGUCGAGGGAACCCUGCAGCUGCCGAAGCCGAUAGUUCUAAUAUUACACAAGAGGAAAUCAUGGCUCAGGAAGUUCCAGCCAAAAAGAUUCGAACUGACCACCCGAAUGAAGAUAACAGCGAGCACGUUGUCAAUGAAUCUUCUGGAGUCAAAUCCUCGAUCCUAACAAAUGUUGAAUUCAAGUCUUUAUGCGGAGAAGUGUGUGAACGUACUCUCUCUAAGCUGGAUGAUAUGGGAUACAAAUACAUGACGGAAAUUCAGAACUUGACGAUCAAGCCGUUGCUCGAAGUUAGUGUUAUUCUUUUUUAUUCAACUUGCAUUUAGGGUCGCGACGUCUUAGGGGCUGCAAAGACUGGAAGUGGCAAGACCCUGGCGUUCCUCAUACCUGCCGUUGAAUUGCUCCUAAAGCUAAAUUGGAAACAGCAUAAUGGAACAGGAGUCGUUAUCAUCUCACCAACCAGAGAACUGAGUAUGCAGACAUAUGGGGUGGUCAGUGAGCUUUUGGAGCAACACACGCAACUUACGCAUGGAUUAGUAAUGGGAGGGGCGAACCGAAAUGCGGAGGCACAGCGAUUACAGAGAGGUGUUGCGGUGCUCGUUGCUACACCAGGAAGAUUAUUGGAUCACUUGCAGGUAAGGUGCAGUCAGACUUAAUUUUUUUUCAUCUAGAAUACCGAGGGAUUUGUUUACAAACAUAUGAAAUGUUUGGUCAUUGAUGAGGCAGACAGGAUAUUGGACAUAGGGUUCGAGGUUGAGAUGAAGCAGAUCUUGAAGUUGUUGCCAAAGAAACGCCAGUCAAUGUUAUUUUCAGCAACUCAGACCUCUAAAGUUGAUGAGCUAAUUAAAGCGGCAUUAAACUCGAAUCCCCUCAGAAUUGGAGUGGAAGAUAAAACCGCUGCUGAGGCUACAGUAGAUGGACUUGAACAAGUAUGAUCUUUUUUUCACUUAUGAAAUAUUUUAGGGGUACGUGGUCUGUCCAUCAGAGAAAAGGUUUAUGUUACUUUUCACAUUUUUGAAGAAGAACAAAAGCAAAAAGAUAAUGGUAUUCUUUUCUUCGUGUGCUUCAGUUAAGUACCACGCAGAGUUGCUUAAUUAUAUCGAUCUUCCUGUGAUGGCAAUCCAUGUAAGUGUUUUAAGGGCAACAGUAAUUUGGUAGGGUAAAAAUUAGGACUCGAUGACGUAACUCACUACAUGUUAAUAUCGAAUUUGUUAUUGUUGAAGGCGUCACCCAAAAACAGGUAGCAUUCAUUUUUUGAGGUGAUGUUUGCACCAUAACUUCCCCCUCAAUGCAUAGAAUCACCCUUGAAAAUUUCGAAUAAUACUAACCGGUGGGACUGGCAUGUAUGCAAGUUUCGUUGCACUGUUAAAAAAAAACCGUUAGAAAGUUGCUCUAGUAUUGCGCAAACAGGAUGUCCAGAGAAAUGUGCCGGAAAUUUUUUGUCGAUUUCUUGGCGCUCAAUCAAGAUAUCAGAAAAAUUCUUUUUGCAGGAUAAAGAAGAAUAUGGGCGGUUUUUUGUGCAAAAGAAUCAUUUUCUCCGCCAGCGCGGAAGGCAGUGUAUUCGGCGGAGACUUUUGAUCGCUUUUUUGAUCAUCGCACCAACUUUAAACGCUUUAUUAUGAACUUUGAUGGUUGAAACAAAUAUAUGUGCAUAUUUUCAUGUUUACCAAGUGUUCGGCGAAGGUAUGGCGGACGCUCGCCGAAUCGGCGGAGGCCAUAACUCAGCUGCGGACAAGACAUGGUCCAACACAAUUCUUAUGGCCUGGCAAGAACACCCUGCUGGCUUCGUAUGCCUUCGAAAAUUUUGUCACCAAGCUUUGGCAGAAGCUAAGCCAUCGGAAAACCACUUGGUGCACCAGAAAACAACAAAAUAUUUUUUGUUCAAGUUUCCUUUUGCCUUGCUGUUUCAAACCUCCGCACGGUGCACUCGGACUUUAUCGGUGUUGCAGCGACAGGCUGCACCGUGCAGUCGCUAUAUGGGAUUGCAUUGCGAUGUCACUGUCUGUGUAAUUUAUUCCGUCAAAAAUUUGAAGACUUUCCGGAAGUUUCAGCAUCAUAAUAUAGCGUUUAAAAUUGGUGUGAUGGCCAAAAAAGCGAUCAAAAGUCUCCGCCGAAUACACUACUUUCCGCGCUGGCGGAAAACAUGAUUCUUUCGGGCAAAAAACCGCCCAAAUUCUUCUUUAUCCUGCAAAAAGAAUUUUUCGGAUAUCUUUAUUGAGCGCCAAGAAAUCGACAAAAACUUUCCGGCACAUUUCUCUGGACACCCUGUAUAACAAGGGAAGUACUUCUUUAAUUUUUUAAGGGUGCCUGUAGGCCCAAGUAGAGGAGAGUGGUGGCCCAAACUUCCUCCAAACCGUGAUUUUGGAUGCACACACGUCGGGCAUAGACUAAACAUCAAAUUUUGAAAGUUUUGGCUCGCGCUUUGCAGGCGCCGCCGAGAUAUUGAAUGAUCUUUGCCGCCGAGAGAGUACGCUAAACGCGGAGAUCGGUCAUAAAGAAAAACACUUUCCCGUCAUAACUUUGCUAGUUUCGUGCGGAAAAGAAUUAAUUUCUUGUGCAAACUUACGGGGUAAACAGGUAUGAAACUUUUCGUGCCGAAAUUCGGCAAAAAUUCUUAAAUUUUCGCCGAAUCUCGGUUUUUUCUGCAAAGCGCGAGCUGGGGUUUAGAAAAAAAUAUUUUAACUUUGUGGUAAGUUACAUCAAAAUCUGAGCGUCGCACUGGGGAGACUUCCCCUGUUAGUUAGAAUAACAUUGGAUUUGCAACUAAGUGUUAAAACAUGUAGCAAAGGUGGAUAACUCCACCAAAUUGUUGCGGUCGCCGGGCGACAACGGAUUGUAGUCCAGCACAGCAUUUCAAAUAGUUUAUCAUAUUUUUUAGGGGAAACAGAAGCAACAAAAACGGACAUGUACCUUCUUCCAGUUUUGUCAAGCCAAGUCCGGAACUUUGUUAUGUACUGAUGUUGCGGCCAGAGGAUUAGAUAUUCCUCAAGUUGAUUGGAUUGUCCAAUAUGAUCCUCCAGAUGAGCCCCGUGAAUAUAUUCAUAGGGUUGGAAGAACAGCCAGAGGAGAAACAGGCACAGGUCAUGCUCUGCUCAUUCUACGACCCGAGGAAUUGGGGUUCCUCAGAUAUUUAAAACAAGCGCGAGUUACUCUGAAUGAGUUUGACUUUUCAUGGAACAAGGUCGCUGAUGUUCAGGCACAGCUUGAGAACAUAAUUAAACAAAAUUACUACCUCAACAAGUCGGCUAAAGAAGCCUACAAGUAAGUUUUUAUUAAACAUUGUUUUUUGAUUUUUUCGUUUCAUAAUUUUUGCGGAUUUAGAGGUUAUGUGAGAUCAUACGAUUCGCAUUCUUUGAAAGAUAUCUUUGACGUUCAAACCUUGGACCUCGUCAAAGUGGCCAAGUCCUUCGGAUUCGACGCCCCGCCCUUCGUUGAGCUACCUGUCAGCCAAAAAGUCCAGGUCCGGGAGAAAUAUGCAGGGGCUGGAUUCACCAAGAAAGGAAAGAAAUUUUACAAAAAGAACUAA